UAAAUACUUAGGACAAUAGAGUCUUGUUUGGCAAUAGAAACCAAGUCUAUUUUUUUUUUCUGAAACAGAGACUUAAUUUGAAGUGAAAGUAACAAGGUGAAGAUGUCUUCAUCAGGAGGCAGAGGAAGCCAGGAAGAGGAGAAGAAGCCUUCUGAUCAAGGAGCACACAUUAAUCUCAAAGUCAAGGGCCAGGAUGGUAAUGAGGUUUUCUUCAGAAUUAAAAGAAGCACUCAGCUUAAGAAACUGAUGAAUGCAUACUGUGAUCGGCAAUCUGUAGACUUUAACUCGAUUGCUUUCUUGUUUGAUGGAAGGAGACUCCGAGCAGAACAGACCCCUGACGAGCUAGAGAUGGAGGAUGGUGAUGAGAUAGAUGCAAUGCUGCACCAAACCGGAGGUGGACAUGAGUUUCUUUAAAUGUAUGCUGAUCUUCCUCAAAAUGCGUAUUUGGUUCAUGUUUUAAGGUUUCUAUUUUUAUAUCAUAUGUUAUGAUACUAAUGUAGAAAAAUGGACAGUUUCCCAUAUGGAAUUUUCAUGUUUCUUGAGUCUUGCUGCUUAGAUGUUGCUAUUACUGUGUCGGAUACAAUAUUACUGCUUGAUGAAUUUGUAUUGUUUGUUUGGAAUUAAGUUAUAUCGAUAUUUGGGCAAAUAUUGUCUUGUCAAUUUUA